AGUCGCAAAAACUUACGGUUUCCAUGUCACGAAUAGGAUUGAUGCUUCAGCUACUACUACACAUUACUACUUGACAAAGAAUAAUCUUAAAAAAAUUGCUUCAGAACCCAGUGUUAAGCUUGAGACAGCUUUACUUCUGCAGCGGACAAUUGUUGAUGAGAGCUUUUUCGAUCUAUUGAACAAGACUGAUCAGUACUUUCGUGCGUCAUCUUUGUUCGAGAAUUGCAAUCCUAUUGUGCUUGAAAAAUUUGGCCCUUGGAAGAAACAAGCUACAUUUGGGAAAAUGCCUAAACGGCAAAGACUGUUUAGAAACAAAGUUUUUUGGUUCUUUGACGAGCAUCAGUUCAAGUUAUACCAACUCCUUGUGAGAGUGGGAGGUGGAAGCGCAAAAUAUGCUACUUUCGAAGAAGCUAUGAACGCGUCUUUAGACAAUAACCAGUUAUUUGUUGAACCACCGAAGCUCAUUGAGGCGUUCAGACCAGUCAAAGCCCGAUAUCAUCAAGAAUUGGACGUAACACGAUGCAUCCUACAAAAUGAAAUUGAUUAUGCAAUUAUUUACUGUUCAACCAAUAUUUUGUGCAAUCCUGACGCCGAUCCUUCUGAAGAAGUGGAUAAUUUGAUAGAGAACGCAACACUUGAAAGUCCUGAGUCAGUCAUAAAAAGAGAGGCAGAUGAUGAUAUUGCAACUGUUCCUUACACGCACUAUAAUGAUGAAGCACCCACUGUUCGUGCUGCGUAUAAUGAAGAUGACCCUACUGUGCCUUACGAACACGAUGAUACUAUGGUACCAAUCAAGGAAGAAAAAAGUGAUGAUUAUCCUUUGUUUGAUGCCGAGAUCAUUCAAAGCAAUGAAAAGGAUGGCUUGGACGAUGAACGUAAGGACGGUGAUUUGCAUAAUAAUGUUAGAGACAAAUUGCCUUUGGCUGAGCGAAAUGGAUAUCGCAGCAACCAUAGUGAUACAGAUACUGCUGAAGACGAACAACAAGAGGGUACAGAUAAUAAUGAGGAUAGCCCUGCGAAAAGUGGUUCACGACCUAUUGAAAGAACACAAGAUGAGGAUGAAGAGCUGUUUGAAAAAACGCAUAAUGACGAUAAGCAGUUAAUUGAUGGAGCAGCGGAUAACGAUAUAAACUCUUCUCAUAGAAUUGGCGCUGAUGAAAGUGCCUACGAUAACGAUAUUUCCAUGGAUGAGGCGGAAAUAGAUCCAACACCGCAAAUGCCCGAUGACUUAAUGGAUAUGGAUAGCUUUUUUGAUAACAUGUUCGCUAAAACAAAUAGUCAAAUUGAGCAAAAAAAGAAAGAAAAGCAAAGACAGCAGGAAUUGAAGAGAAAACAACAGGAGGAACGUCAGCGACGGGAGAGCUCCGAAAGAAAACAACAGGAGGAGAUGCAACGACUAGUAGAUGAGGAAAUCAAACGAUAUGAGCAAGAAAAGCAGGAACAAGCAGCUGAAUAUGCUCGCCAACAACAACAGAGAGAGCAAGAUGUAAUUCGUGAUGAUGACAGAAAUUCGAGACAAAGAGUUGAAGCAGAGUUACCAAAAGAAUCAGUAGAUUCUACAAUGAGGGACACAGAAAUUUCAGAGAGUAACGAAAACUGUAACGAACAGGCAAAUAGCACUCAAAAUGAGAAUAGAGAACAAAAUAACGAUGCUAUAGGUGAUAGACAAUGCUGCAUCAUUUUUGCACCUUUAGUAGUCAAUAGGAGGCCCCCAAACAUUGCAGCACCAGCGGAAGCAUAUGAAGAAGGCAAUACUGCAAUCAACUAUAAAAGAUUUAAGAAGGUGAAACAUCUUCAGGAAUACGCAAAUACUAUCUAUUCAUGGACAGAUACUGUUACAAAUAGCCAGUUACAAAGAAAUAGACUCACUGGUAUCGGUCAACCGCGCUUCGGUGAGACCCGCUUGACUGCAACAGAGAUUGAUGAUGACAUGGUAAUACGACCAACAACAAAUCGCAACCGACGUUUACGUAAUAUGUAAUCAUUGGAAAACCUACCAUCACCAGAUGCAAUAAACUACCCUUACAGUCAAUAGAGAUUUUGAUACAGACUGUCAAAUUGCUUGAAAACAACAAUAUUCAAGGGUUAAAAGACUAAUUGAAGACACAUGUUAUCUUUCAAUGUUUGGUUCAUGGCUUUUUAAUGUACAAAUAUAAAAAUUGCUGAAAGUCGAAAGUUGUGUACAGAGUGGAGGUAUCAUGAAAUAAUCAUUGUGUUCCUAGUAUUAUUGGCUACGCUAGAGUUUGAAGGCAAACUAUCUGUAGCUGAUUCGUUUGGAUAAUAAUAGAAGCUGAUUGCAAUGACAAUAUAUACUGCCAUAAGCAUAAGCCCUUCUAGCCAGUUACUUUC